AUGUCAGCUCAAGAUUACUACGGCGGCGGUGGAGGCGGCUACGGCCAGCAGCAACAACAAGGUGGUGGUGGUUAUGGACAGCAACAAGGCCAUGGCCAACAACAACAGGGCUAUCCUCAGCAGCAACAAUACUCUCAAGGAUCCAACUAUGGCUCCAGCCAGCCAAGCUACGACAACCGCGAUCAAUCGUACGGCCAACACCAAGGUGGACAAUACGGCGGCGGACCUGGCCAAUACGCCGACGGUGCAGGUGGUCCUGGGGGCCCUGGUGGUCCGGGAGGUCCGGACGGAGAGCGUGGACUAGGUGCUACACUCGCAGGAGGUGGUGCAGCCGGCUGGGCCGCUCACACAGCUGGUAGCGGCCUUCUCGGCAGUCUAGCCAGUGCCGCUGCUGGUGCCAUUGGCGCAAACUUCCUUGAACACAAGUUCAAGAAGCACAAGAAGGACAAGAACAAGAAGCAUCACCGCGACGGACGACCUCGAGCUUUAACCGGCGAGUCGACUAGCAGUAGUGACUCCGACUCUGGCGAUGAGCGACGCCGACGAAAGGACGAUGACUUGGCCUACGGAAAGUCCUAUGACAACUCCUCCCGACAUGGACAUGGAGGCGGUUCUCAUGGUGGCUCUAGCUCAUAUGGCGGAGGCGGAUAUGAUGGCCGAGAUCAGGGCUACGGCGGUGGUCAGAGCUACGGAGGCCAGGGCAGCUACGGGGGUCAAGGCGGAUAUGGCCAGCAGGGUUACGGUGGUACCCGGUACUAA